AUGCGGUUUACUAAUCCGCUCUGCUUCUUCGUCCAGGUUAGUCCUGUUACGUCUAUGUACGCUAAGAAGUCGAAUAACGUCUGUCUGUUGCUGUUCCCACGCCCGGGAGUUUUGUUUUGCGUGUUACAUGAUUGCUUUGACGUUGUAAUUCAACUGCUUAUGCUGUCCGGGGAUGUUGAGCUCAACCCUGGGCCUAGCACGAGAACCCAAACCCAAGAACAUCUGACAGAGAUAGACAAAAGAUUGAAGGAGGUUGAAUGUAAAACGGUCGCUCUUCAGGAAUUCGAGGAGCAGGCACAGUGCCUUCGCCAGUCAAUUAAUCAAAUUAAUGGUGAAAACGUUCAACUGCGCUCUAAGCAAGCUGAGCUUGAAGACAUGCAACGGCGAGACAACCUUCUUUUCUACGGCCUAUCUGACACCCAGUCAGAGUCCUGGGCUCAGUCAGAGGAAAAACUGAUCAAUCUGCUUUCAUCCUGCUUGGAAAUGUCGCGCUCUGAAAUACUGAUCGAGAGAGCACACAGACUCGGUGGGUAUAGUUCCAACAAGUGCAGGCCAAUUAUUGCCAAAUUCUCUUCUUUCAAAAUGAAACAGCAAAUACUCCUCAAUAACUCUAAGCUGAAGGAAGGAAAUAUUUCCGUUAGUGAUGACUAUUCACCCGCUACUCGUCUUGCUAGGAAGAAACUGGUCGAAUUCGGCAAAAGCCAACCCCUAACCUUCAAGCUUCGUUUCAACAAGCUGUACAUAAAUAAAAAGUGCUACACCUACAAUCCCGCUGAUGAUUGCGUACGUGAAAUUUCUAGCACCUUAGCGCCAUCGGCUGAUUCUUCUGAUUCCGUGCACGAUGCCUCCGCGCCAGCCGCCACUGAAUAG